GUCAGUGGCCUUUAUAAACCUAACAAGAACAACUGGGAGCAUCUUGUUUCCAUUUAUUUUUUUUUUGGAGGAAGUUUGCUUCUUCUCCAUUACCUGCCCAGGUUUGGGGUAAAAAUCUUCACCAGAGGUCUGGGAGCAGGGCUAAAUACGCCAUACACCGUCACAGACCUUCAAAAACAAGAGGAACAUAAUGUGGUGGUACAUGGUGAUGGUGAUGGUGAUGGUGAUGGUGAUGGUGGGGUGUAGAGCACAACUCGUCGUCAACGUUAACACUCAGAAUGGUGAGGUGUUCAAGGAAACAAUUACUGCAAACAUAUCUGAUGAUUCAGUCAUUUUAGAGUUUCCUCAAAAUGAUGGUACAUAUAUCACACAGCUUAUUGACUUCAAACAAGAGUUGCAGAUCUUUAAAGUGAUUGUCUUAGGUGAAGAGGAAUUGGGUCAGAGUCAGUAUCAGGUUAUGUGCUUCAUUAUGAGAUUUUUCAAGAGCAACUUCAUCUCUUCUGAUGCCAUGUCAAAGUUACGACAGAAAAAUCCUGGCACUGUACGAACUCCAGAAGAAGACCGAGGAACAGAGGAAGUGGAACUGGAUGUGAGUGUGGAUGUUUCUCGAUCCAACAUUCUCUCUCCUCACAUUGCACAAAUGUGUGCUUUAGCCACCACUUCUACCUACGCUUCUGAUCGAGAUAUCAAAUUAUGGGCUACACAGAGAAGAGAACUUGAUGGAGAUUGGUCACUAGUAAGUGAUGUAACGCAUCAUUUGCCCACACGUGGAGUGGCCCGGUGUGGAGAUGGUGGCCGGGACUUCUCAAAUCCGUGUGUUUGCCACUAUCAGGUCUGCAUUGCAUGGUAUCCAUGUGGCCUCAAAUACUGCAAAGGAAGAGACAACUCUGGGAAGGCUGUGUCAUACCGCUGUGGUAUUCGCACUUGCCGCAAAUGUCGAAAUUUCAGUUAUUUUGUACUACAACGACAGCUGUGCCUUUGGGAUGACUAAAUAUAAUUCUAGGAAUUUAGUAUGUGCUUGAUAUCUUGCAGGUGUGAAUAUUCUGUUAAAAUAGUGUACAUCUAUGUACAGAAUAACUUUUAUUGUGUGUCCAAGUAAGGAAGUAAUAUGUGAAUGUGUACUGAAAGUAGAAAGUCACUCUUCUAUACAUGUAUAUUAUUGAUGUAUUUUUUAAAGCUAUCUUAGCCCACAGCUACAUAUGAAAUUCAGUAUAAUAAAUAUUUAACAAAAUAAAAUUAACCCUUAAACUGUCCAAACGUAGAUCUACAUUCACGGGCGUAGCGCUCCGAACGUAGAUCUACGUUUUAGUUUACAUGCUUUCAAAUGUAAGAAAAAAACCUAGAUCUAUGUUUGGACAGUUUAAGGGUUAAACUAUUUAAUAUAAGCAAGUCACUGACUUGACUGAAGUCACCAUAACUGAGAAUGUGCAGGGCCUGAAUAUUUAGUGCAUAGCACUUGAAUGGUGUUGUACAGCCACACAGACAAGGGAACAUUGCUCUAUAGGUUAUUUUAUUUAGUAAUGCCUAACUCCUUUCUGACAGUUAUAUUGUGCCAUAUUAUUUAUUAGAUUUUAUCUAUUAGUAUUUUUAUUUUAAUACUAAAAUUAAGUAUGUACAUGAUAUUUUUCUAUAUAUUAUAAAUGAUUUAUCUUAUAAUUGUUUUUGCUUUGUAAGCCAUAAAUUUUUGUAUUGCUCCAAAAAAUCAAUUAUUACCUCACGUCAUUCUUAAUUUCUUCGUAUCGUCAGCAUUGCUUUCAUUAUGUGAUAGUUGCUUGUAAAGUGAACUUAUGUAUACAAUUAUAGGGAACUGCCAUGAAGAAAGUCUAAUGGUUAAAACACGAGCAUAAAUAAAAAACACUUGUGA